AGUUUGAGGGCAGGAAGCCAUCUUAAAAAAACUCCCUAUUUGAAACAUAGCUGGUUCACAAAACAUUACUUUUACUUUAAAUUUUACAGUUAAAAACAAUAAUAAUUUAGGUAGAGUUUGAUAUAAAAUGGAUGAUAAAGGAAGGAGAGUACUAGUCUGCGAUAAUGGAACUGGCUUUGUCAAAUGCGGGUAUGCAGGAACAAAUUUCCCAGAACAUAUAUUUCCAUCUAUGGUUGGCCGACCAAUGUUACGUUCAUCAGCAAAAGUUGGUGACAUAGAAAUAAAGGAUUUAAUGGUUGGCGAUGAAGCUAGUCAACUUCGAUCUAUGUUAGAGUGCAGUUACCCAAUGGAUAACGGUAUUGUUCGAAACUGGGAAGACAUGAUGCACGUGUGGGAUUAUACGUUUGGUGAAACGAAGUUAAACGUUAAUCCUAAAGAAUGCAAGGUAUUACUUACUGAACCACCUCUCAACCCAAGUAAAAACAGAGAAAAGAUGGUGGAGGUGAUGUUCGAGAAAUAUGGUUUCGAUGGGGUAUAUAUUGCUAUCCAGGCUGUUCUCACACUCUAUGCGCAAGGUUUACUGACGGGUGUUGUAAUUGACAGUGGUGACGGCGUCACACAUAUUUGUCCUGUUUAUGAGGGUUUUGCACUACCUCAUCUGACACGUCGACUUGAUAUUGCUGGUCGAGACAUCACAAAAUAUUUAAUAAAACUAUUGUUGCUACGUGGGUAUGCCUUCAACCAUACAGCUGAUUUUGAAACCGUGAGGAUGAUGAAAGAAAAGUUGUGUUAUGUUGGCUAUGACAUUGAGCAAGAACAAAAAUUAGCGUUAGAAACAACAUUUCUCGUUGAACAGUAUACUCUGCCUGAUGGCCGAACCGUUCGCAUGAGUGGUGAACGUUUCGAAGCACCAGAAGCCCUUUUCCAACCUCAUCUCAUUAACGUGGAAGGUGUCGGUGUAGCCGAGCUGUUGUUCAACACUAUCCAAGCGGCUGACAUCGACACAAGGUCGGAAUUUUACAAACACAUCGUCCUAUCUGGAGGUUCCACUAUGUAUCCUGGAUUACCAAGCCGACUCGAGCGUGAAAUUAAGCAGUUAUACUUGGAAAGAGUUUUGAAAGGAGAUACUUCCAAACUUUCUAAAUUUAAGAUUCGUAUCGAAGAUCCUCCACGACGUAAGCACAUGGUGUACUUGGGCGGAGCCGUGUUAGCUGAUAUUAUGAAGAACAAGGAUGACUUUUGGAUGACGAGAAAAGAAUACGAAGAGAAGGGGAUUCAAGUGUUGCAGAAAUUAGGUGUCGCACCAAAGUAGAAGAAAUUUGUUCAAUAUUCAUGCACAACUUAAAAUCGAAUCAAAAUAAAAUACAUUUUCUGGUAUCGGAGACCAGUGAUUAAUUUAAAUAAAAGAAAUUCACCUCAACAUGUUGAAGUAUAAUUUUUCCUUUCUUCGUUUUUUUGUUUUCUUCGGUUGUUUUUUUUGCUAUCCAUUGAAUUUAAUUCCGCGACAUAACUAGAGCAAAAUAUUUUCCCUCCCUGAAAAUUCCGAAAUGCGUCUUAUUUGAGGAGAAACGAGAAAAAAAAGCUAAUUGGAAAAUGAAAAAUUUAACAGGUUUUACAUCGUUGCAGUUUUUUGAUGAGAUAAUUUUUAUAGUGUUAUUUUUUGUUGUUGUAAUUAUAUAACUGUGGUAUUGUUCUUCUGCCAAUCAAUCAAGAGGGACAUCACGUGAUGUGUUUGUAUUACUCAAAUGUACUUCACAUUUUUUACUGUUUCUUGUUUAA